AUGGAGCCCUUCCAUCGUCGCAUCUGGCCGGAUGGCAAGAACCAUGGUGCCAUUGGAGGGACCCAACCCGACACCGGCCCGACCUUAAUCCCCGUACCCGUUACACCUCCCACCACCCCCACUAUAAGAAUCGUUCAAGAUCCACCAGAGGAGAAUCUCUUCGACGUGAGCUAUGACGCGACAGCCAACCAUUACUGGGUCUUCUCCUCCAACUUCCCAUGGCUAACAGACAAGGCCCCUGAGUCCAAUUUUCUCACAUCAUCCCUUUUAAAACGUUUUGCCAAUAGAGAAUUCGACACUGUUUCUUCAGAUAUACGGAAUGACCUCGCUAAAAAAAGUCUGUUUAAGGAGUUGGCUUCAGUGACACGUUACUUUGACUUGAGGAAUGUGAAAUCGGGUAUGUUCCCUGGUGAUAGCAAAAGCAUCCUGCUGAAUCGUUCCUCGAAGACGCAAUGUGUUGAACUGGUGUCGAAUGUGAAUGAAGAACGACCGUAUUUCCGACGGUGUCUUUCAAACCCCGAAGACUGUGAAUACGGUCUUUCUGUCAGUCUCUGGGUUAACUUCUUAUCUUCUGGAGCUGUUUCAACGGACCAGACCCUGAUAAGUACUAGUAACAGUCCCACUCAACACCUCGGACAGGAUGUCGAACUGGUCAAACCGAACUGCCGUGGACGCGGCUCCUAUAGGCUCAAGACGAACAAUGCCUAUUACAUACUCGGCAACAUUGAUCCCGCUUUCUCGUUGCCUUCGAUUGCGGGUGGUUUUUCCAUUGGUGCAUGGGUUAGUAUACCGUCAACCCUCUUGGCCAACUCCAUACCACAUUCAUUAUUCGAGAUCGCUGGUUUUAUUCGGGUUGUUCUCUUUGGAGACUUCCUGCAUGUAUUUGUUUUUGACGGUUGGAAGUGGAGAACCACUCGUAUAGUAGAGGCAGUCGUUAGGGAUGAACUCUUUAACCUCGGAUUUUCAAUCUCUGGUAACAGCUCACACAAAGCCCUCGGUUUCAUCAAUGGUGUCCAAGUUCAAACAAUGGCUUUUGCUGCCCAGAGUUCAACCAAUGAGCUGACUCAUACUCCCAUCUCAGGGGGGGAUCUUAUUCUUGGAAGUAAAGUUCAGGGCAAAAGUGCUGAGGGUGUUGAAAUCGGAGAUCUGGUCUAUUGGAUGCGCUAUACUUCCGAGUAUGAGGGCCAUCGUUUUAUUGGAUACACCAGGUCUCAAGUCAAAAUUCUUGCUGAGUCGGAUACCCAUUGGUCGACUGAUGCCUUUAUGUUCUACGAUGCUCCAUGUCGGAUAGCCUAUGAGAGAAAACGUCAUGGAAUAACCGAUGUAGAUGCUGCAGUUCCGGGUUUCAAACUUGCCUCGCUUUACAAACCCAUUGGAAUGCAACCAGUUCGAUACAUAUUAGAUCAGGAAGAGAAAAGUAUUGCUCCAACACUCUCUAUGCGAAAAAUUGACUACUUCAUGCUAGGUAAGACUUUCCCAACUCCCAGAACUAAAUAA